UUUUCCAAAUAACCUCCUCUUUUCCUAUUCAUUAACCUACUUUAAAAUAUAUAUUUCCUUUUCAAUAUGGGGUAAAUUAUUGUUUGAUUACUCUUCUUCUAAUAAACUGAUUAGGUAUAAAGAUAGGAAAAGUCAUUUGACAAGAACAAUCCCUCCUAUCUUGACUUUACUCUUGUCAGCAUUUUCCUAAUCAAACGCUAAUAGAAAAUUCAAACACCAAUUUCAUUGGAUUUUAGUGUUUAUUCUCUCUCUCUCUCUCUCUCUCUCUGUCUUUUAGAAUAAUAAAAGGAAAUUGUUUUCUCUCUCUCUAUCUAUCUUGUCAAAUCUGCAGUCCUAUGGGAAGGUUUUAUCUUUUCUCUGUAAAAAUUCAGUGUUAGAUUCUUUCAAUGAAGGAGGUGUUUGGGAGUCCAGGGAAGGUAAGUGGGCUAAUAUUGAGGAUGGGUCAAUGUUUAUUUGCUUCUGCUUCUAUUGCAGUUAUGGCCUCAGCUUCUGGUUUUUCCAGCUCCACUGCCUUUUGCUAUUUAAUAGCAUCAAUGGGGUUGCAAGUACUGUGGAGCUUUGUUCUUGCCUGCUUGGAUAUCCAUGCUUUAAGAUUGAAGAGAGAUCUGCGGAAUCAUGUCUUUGUGAGCUUGUUCGUGGUUGGUGAUUGGGUGACAGCCACUCUAUCCCUCGCAGCUGCCUGCUCAUCAGCUGGCGUGGUGGUUUUGUUUGUGAAAGAUACAAAUAUCUGCAAAGUUGAGAAUAAACUAUCCUGCGACUUGUUUCAAAUUUCAGUGGCUUUGUCUUUUCUCUCAUGGUUCCUUCUUGCUAUCUCUUCCUGCGUCAUGUUUUUGCUUGCAGCCUCUGACUAAAGGAUAUAAUUUUUCAAUUCAUAUUGUGAAUAUAUCAGAAAUUAUGUACAGGAAAUAGUUAAAAUGUCCUCUCACUGGCUUGCUUCCGAGGUCAUGUUAGGGGACUCAGUAUAUUCGGAAAUGAAACUUUCAUCAUUUUUUGUUGCAAUUACAGUGUAAUGUUUGAAAUUUGAUUUCUGGCAUCUUUUAAUCAACUCCUUUUUUGUCCUUU